UCAAAGUCUCGAAGGAAAAUGAAGUCAAACAAAAUCUGAUAUAUUAAAUUUCAAGAAACCAAAUGAAAUGUAAUCCGAUUUAUGGUCGGAGUCUAGCCUAAUACUUUUGUUAAGAUAUUACAAGAAAGUGUGAGAAAAUGAUGGGUCUCUGUUCUCCUUCACCUUCUUCAAACGAUUGUUCUUCAUCUUCUCCAAGGAACUGGGAGAAGCAGAAUGUGAUUGUUGCAUCACCUUCAAGAUUCUCUACCUACACUAAACCGAGUGUAUCAAUUGAGAAGAGAUUACUAACUUACCAGGAUUCUAAUUGCAACGUUAUGCCAAAGUCUUCAGAAGAUUUGAGGAAAGAAAUUGCUUCACUUGAGUUUGAGAUUCUGCGUACAGAACAAUAUCUGCUCUCUCUUUAUAGGACAGCUUUCGAUGAACAAGUUUCUUCUUUUUCUCCUCACACUGAAACAAGCUUAGUGUCUAAUCAGUUUUGUCCCAAAUCCGAGCAAUCUGACGUUACCAGUGUCUUCAGCUACCAUUAUCAAGCUUCUCCGGCGUCUGAAUGUUCCUCUUCGUGUCCUCCUCGGAGUUUCCAAGCCAGCUUAAAAGCUUUGUCUGCAAGAGAGAAGAGUAGAUAUGUUUCUGCUAAUCACAGUACUCUUGGAGAUCUUCUGGGUUCUUCGCUUAUCGUAGAUAACAUUGUGAACCCGAGUAGGCUCUCUGAAGAUAUCUUAAGAUGCAUAUGUUCUGUAUAUUGUACACUCUCCAGCAAAGCCAGAACCAAUUCUUGUCUUCAGGCUUCUUCUUCUUCACCUUCAUCUGUCUCUUCCAAAACCACUUUUGAUAGCUGGAACUCGCGUCACGAGGAACACAAAGAAGCAAAUGUGCCAGGCAUUGUUGUAAUAGAAUCUCUAGAACUUCACCUGGAUGAUGGUAGUUUCAAUCACGCUGCUCUUAUGCUCCAAAACUUCAGAUCACUAGUUCAAAAGCUUGAGAAGGUUGAUCCGAGUAGAAUGAAACGCGAAGAGAAGCUCGCAUUUUGGAUAAACAUUCACAAUGCCCUCACAAUGCAUGCCUAUUUAGCCUACGGAACUCACAACCGCUCCAGAAACACCUCGGUUUUAAAGGCAGCUUAUGAUGUUGGAGGCUACCGAGUAAACCCUUACAUAAUCCAAAGCUCAAUCUUAGGCAUUCGUACGCAUUUCUCACCACCUUUGUUGCAGACAUUGUUUUCGCCAUCAAGAAAGUCGAAAACUUGUAAUGUCAAACACAUAUACGCCUUGGAAUAUCCCGAGGCAUUGGCUCAUUUCGCUCUUUCUUCAGGAGCUUCUACAGAUCCUCCGGUUCGGGUUUACACAGCGGAUUGCGUUUUCCGGGAUCUAAGAAAAUCCAAAGAAGAGUUUAUAAGAAACAAUGUUCGUAUACACAACGAGACAAAGAUAUUGUUGCCCAAGAUCGUUCAUUACUAUGCUAAAGACAUGUCAUUGGAUGCAUCUACCCUCAUGGAAACAACGUUGAAGUGUUUACCGGACUCCACGAAGAGAAUAGCUCAGAAAUUGUUGAAGAAGAAGAGCAGAAACAUAGAAUAUUCACCGGAAAACUCAAAUUUCCGUUAUAGCUCGACGAUCUUGUUCUCUGGUGUUGUUCCUCUGCGUGUGAGAUCGGUUUUGACUCCAGCGAAUCCAGCUACCGAUCGAGCUUCAAUGGCGAGUUCCUCUGGUCCUAAGUGGGCUCAGAAAACCAUCACACUUCCACCGCUACGUCGUGGAUGUCAUCUUAUUACUCCAAAGAUAGUGAAGGAAAUUGGGCAAGACUUGUCAGGUUUCAAUUGUGGUCUUGCUCAUGUCUUCUUACAACACACGAGUGCUUCUUUGACAAUCAAUGAGAAUUAUGAUCCAGAUGUUCAGGCUGAUACUGAGACUUUCUUGAACAGGAUUGUUCCUGAGGGAAAUUCAGCGCCUUGGAGGCAUACCAUGGAAGGUCCUGAUGACAUGCCAGCUCAUAUCAAAUCAUCAAUGUUUGGAUGUCAACUCACAAUCCCAAUAACAAAAGGCAAACUCAACAUGGGAACCUGGCAGGGAAUAUGGCUAUGUGAACACCGUGAUGCUCCAACAGCACGCAGAGUUGUGGUCACUCUCAAUGGAAUCUAGAUAUGUUUCUUCAUGUUAGAUUGCUUGUAACCUCGUGGUUUUUAUAGAUUUUACAGUCUUGUAAUGAAAUUUGACUUUCUAU